AUGCCGCCGAAAAAAGCGGGAACCCAAAAAGGUCCGAAAAAGCUAACGGAAGAGCAGAAACAACGGAAUUUGUUCAAUCGACGAAAAAAGGAGUCUCACUUCUGUGUAGUGAACGAGUAUCAUGAAUAUUCACUUUUUGCAUCGAGAUACGACAGACCUGAACCAAAGUUCAAGGAGAAGAAGGUUCCUCAGAAAAAACCACAACAAUCGAAGAGAAACGUUUUUCCUGACGUUAGUGUCGAACAUGUUUCAAGUGAUGAGGAAGACGCGGGCAACUUUGAAAUCCCCGAUAAAGUUGACGACGAAGAUGAACAAUACCGGAAGCUCGCUGCUCAGUAUAACGUCUCUGAGUAUUCUUCUAUGGAGGUGUACAACGAGGAAGGGUUUCAAUGUGAAUGGAAUGGGAGAGGAAGAUUCGUUAAGAAAGAAGCUCAGCCUCCUCCGGAAUCUAGACCAGGCCCGAGUGUGGAGACUGUUGGAAAUUUUCCAAUGAUGAACAAACCAGCCAAGAAGAACGAGGUUAUUGCUACUAUGAAGAAAGCGAAGAAAGCAGAUGCUCAGGCACUUGUGUCGAAGCCGGUCCUAAACUUCAAAAUGUCAGCUUGUAUGACAUUCCAACUGAAUGUCGCAAAAGCUAGAAGUGGGUUUUUGAUCACAUUUCAGAAAACUUCACCUUUGAUUUCAGAGAUAGCAGAAGAAAAUAGAAGGCCUCCAGAAUUCCGCGUAUUCAAUACACCAACGAGAAAUAGGAUUCUGACCAGUCGAAUGAAUAAUAGUCAGUAUCCACCGCAAAGUGAUCGGCCAUUGAUGCUCAGCUACACUCCGCCUCGUGAGAAUCUGACGCAAGAUAUCGAAAACAUCGAUGGUUCCUUAAAUUUCGAUCCCAAAGCAUUUAGUACACCGAUUGAUAAGGAACCGAAAACCAAGAGAAGGACACAUCGUUUUUUAGACGAUUCGUAUGAAGACGAACCGGAGAGAUAUGAACCAGAAGAAGAAGUUUUUAAUGAGCCUUCCGAGUUUCCUGAAAAAACAAAUAACGAAAAAUCUAUGGAAAUUCAUCAUCCAGUUCAAAUUUCCACAUUCGAUCCUACAAGAGAAAUUGAGAAAGAAGAACCUGAAAAAUUGUCGUCUUCUAUCAAUAGAAAAGCGGAGACGUCGGUUACGGAGUUGCUCGAAGACGCCGAAGAAGACAAUGAAGCUUCCAAAUUGCAACCAGAUGAGAGUAAAUACGCAAAAAAGCGCCAGAGAACCGCAAGUCCAGAGACGAUGUGUCAAGGUGCAUCCACUCUAAUGAACACACAGAAUGAUGGUUUAGAUCUGGGAUUAGACUUGAUGAGUGGAGUAAAUGAUAAAGAAGAAGAAGCAGCCAGAGUGAAAAAACGAGGAACUCUGCAACCACAGAAAAGACAACUAGAUAGAGAAUCUCGUUGCCCCCGCCAGUCAACUAUGUCUAUUGGUUCUAACAACGAUUCUAUCAUGAGUGCAAUGGAAGAAAUGUCAUUGGACCAGAAACUAAUGGAUACACUGGGAGAUGAUUUGGGACAAUCGAAUCUCACAGAAUCGAGAGCUGAGUCACGGAAUGCGCCGACAGCGAUGACGAUUCGUCAUGAAGAUGAAAGUGUUAUUCCUUUCUAUCUAGCUGAUGCCACAGUGCAUGUGGAGCCGACGACCAUGCUCCAACUCCUUCACGUCGCUGGACAAAAAGAAAUCAAAACAUGGAAUGAUUUACCGCAAACAGCCUUCAAACCUCGAACGAUUAAGAAGCUAGGAGAAGGUUCCUACGGAGAAGUGUUUGCCACAAACUGGGAUGGGGAAAAAGUGGCAAUCAAGGUUGUUCCAUUCGAAGCAGACAAAAAUAAUCGUUUGUACACUGGAGAAUAUCAUUCCGAACAGAUGCAACCGGCAGACGAAAUUCUUCCUGAGUUGAUCGUGAUGAAAGAGCUGAAUCAGCUUCGCGAUAUGGAUGGAGUACACUCAACACCGAACUUCAUUAAAUUGAUUUCAGCAGAAAUCGUUGUCGGAGAAUUUCCAUCUGGAAUGUUGAAAGCAUGGGAACGCUACGCGAAAACAGUCAAAGAAUCCGAGAAUACUCAUCCGAAGAUCUAUUCAUCAGAGCAGCAGAAAUCGAUUGUCUUCGUCUCGGGAAAUGGAGGAAUUGCACUUGAAGACUUUGUUUUGAAAAGCGAGGAAGAGAUUUUUUCGAUUCUUCAUCAAAUUAUCAUUUCCAUGAUGGUUGCUGAAGAAGCUCUCUCGUUCGAACAUAGAGACUUGCAUCUUGGAAACAUUUUGAUCGAUCGGAAUGGAGAUCAGGAAGUGCUUUAUAAGUUUAAUAAUGAGAAGUUCGCUUUAAAAACACAUGGACUCAAAGUGAGCAUUAUCGACUUCACAUUGAGUAGAAUCUCAAAAGAAGGCACAACCGUCUACCUUGAUCUCGAAAACGAUCCCGAUAUAUUUAAGGGAGAGGGAAAUCCGCAAUUCGAUGUUUAUCGUCAAAUGCGAGAGAAUAACGGAGGAGAAUGGAUGACUUUCAAUCGUCGAACCAACUUAAUGUGGAUUGUUUACAUUGCCAACAGUCUCACAGACGAUCCGAUAUGUCCGGAGGGAUUGAUUACAGAUGAACGGAAGGAAGAACUUCGACAGUAUUUCGCUGAGCUUGGAUCAUUCGAUACGUGCUGUGAUUCACUAACAACUGAAUCAUUCUUCGAAAAGUUCUACGACGGCUACGUUGGAGCAAUCAUCCAGGAUUCUGAAGAAUAG